AUGACAAUAGAAGAUUUGGCUUCAUCAUUGAAGGAUUCUUAUUUCAUUCCCCAUCAUUGUGUUGUGAAGCCGGAUAGUUCUUCUACGAAACUGAGAGUCGUCUUUGAUGCUUCAGCCAAGGUUAUGGAUAAUCCUUCUUUAAACGACUGCCUUCUUACAGGACCGAAGCUACAAGCUGAUAUCGUGACCAUCCUCCUGCGCUUUCGCACUCAUAAGUAUGUUUUCACAGCCGACAUUCGACAAAUGUACCGUCAGAUCUUGGUUGACCCUGUUCACCGUAAGUAUCAGCGGAUUCUUUGGCGGUUCAGUCCAUCGGAUCCGGUUAAAUGCUAUGAACUCAACACGGUCACGUAUGGAGUUUUUUCGGCGCCUUUUCUGGCCCUUCGAACAAUGCAUAAGUUAGCAGAUGAUGAAGAAACAUCUUUUUCCCUGGCAGCUAGAAUCCUUCGUGAUGACGUAUAUGUAGAUGACGUCGUGUCGGAAUCUGAUGAUCUCCAAGGUUCCAUCAACCUCAGGGAUGAUCUGAUUGCUCUAUUGGGUAGGGGUGGAUUCGAGUUAAGAAAGUGGUCAAGUAAUAAUCCAUGUAUUCUUGAAGGUAUUCCAGAUGACCAUCAGUUGUCACAAUCCUUUUCCUUCGAUGAGGGCGAUUUUGUCAAAAUUCUGGGUUUGAGAUGGAAUCCUUGCGCAGACUGUUUUUCUUUUGCCGUUACAGGAAUAGAAAAUAGUUGUACGAAACGGAGUAUUCUUUCACAACUUGCACGCAUCUAUGAUCCAUUGGGUUUUCUAACACCCUUCACAUUUCUUAUGAAAUAUUUUAUUCAGCUGCUCUGGGUUCAGGGAUUGCAGUGGGAUCAGGUUCCUUCAUCGGAAUUUGUCGAUCAUUGGAGUCAGUGCAGGUCCGAAUUGUCUGAUCUGCAGGAGUUACAAAUUUCGCGACGUCUAAUCUUAGUUCAAGGGUGA